AUGACGACCACAGAGCUACCAGCCGCUCUGCACGCCGACGCCAUAGCCGCAGCUUGCGAAGUCCUUAAAGCAGCCGUCGCCCUGCCGGUCGAGCAGUACGAGUCAAAUCCCGCACUGCGGCCGCUGCGCCAAGCGAUCGGCCCGCUCCUCGCGCGGAGCCUGGGCCGCACGUACGACGGCGCCGGCCCGCAAGGUAAAGACAAGGACGCCGCGCGCAAGGCCCACAAGCGGCAGGCGAACCGCCACCGGCAGCAGGCCGUCGCGGCCGAGCGCGCCGCGGCGGACCGGAGCGCGCUGCGCGCGCAGCGCCUCGCGCGGCUCGCGGCCAGCGCGGCCGAGGGCGACGCCCCGCGCAUCGCCGACGGGCCCGCGACGGUGCCGACGCCGGCCCUCGAAGACGAGAGCGACGCAGGAGGCGCGGCGUGGUCGCUCGCCUGCUGCUACGCCUGCCGAACGCGUUUUCCGGCGACGGCGACGCACGCGUUCUACGGCGCGGCGUUCUGUCCCGCGUGCGCUCAACUUAACUUCGAGAAGCGGACGCAGACGGCGGAUCUGCGGGGCCGGGGCGCCCUGGUGACGGGCGCGCGCGUCAAGAUCGGGUUCCGCGUCGCGCUGAAGUUAUUGAGGGCGGGGGCGACGGUCGUCGCAACCUCUAGAUUCCCGGCCGACUGCGCGCGGCGCUUCGCGGCGGAGCCGGACGCGGACGACUGGCGAGAUAGACUAAGGUGCGUGGGCUGCGAUUUUCGGGACCUGGGCGCCGUCGAGGCGUUAUGUGCCGCGGUGCCCGAGCUCUUAGGCUGCGGCCUCGACGUCCUGGUGAAUAACGCGUGCCAGACGGUGCGGCGGCCGCCGCAGUACUACGCGGAGACCGUGGCCAGGGAGGCUAAAUUACGCAAGGCCAUCGGCAACGCGUCCUUGCCGCUCCUCGAAGGGGCGUCGGAGGACAUUGAGGUCACGGAGGACGUCGCGCUGAUGAGGACGUGGACGGCCAAAGCGCCAACGACGUCGGAUCCUGCGCUCCGAGCGUUGCUCUGCGUGGCGCCCGGCGACGACGUGAGGAACGACGCCGCCUUCCCGCGCGGUCUUAGAGAUGCAAACGCCGAUCUCGGCGAGCAGCUCGAUCUGCGACGAGCGAACUCGUGGACCUCAAAACUAGAGGACGUGUCGACGCCCGAACUAGCCGAGGUCUUCGCGAUCAACGCCCUGGCGCCCUUCGUCAUCAACUCCAAAUUGAUACCGGUGUUGAAGGAUGGCGCGUCCGACGAGAGACGCCGGUUUGUGAUAAACGUCUCGGCGAUGGAGGGCAAAUUUUAUAGACAAAAACAGCCGACGCACCCACACACGAACAUGGCCAAGGCCGCCCUGAACAUGAUGACGAAGACGUCGGCCGCGGCGCUCGCCGAGUCAUAUGUAUUUAUGACGUCCGUCGACACGGGCUGGGUCAACGACGAGAAGCCGAACCACCUCGCGGCGGACCACGCAUCAAAACACAACUUCCAGACGCCUAUUGACGAGAUCGACGCCGCUUCACGAAUACUGGACCCGGUCUUCGGGGGCCACGACCCGCCCCUCCACGGCGUCUUCCUCAAGGACUAUGAAGAAACGGAAUGGUAG